AUGGCAGAAUUACCUGCAGCUAUCCCUAGAGGCUCCCUCGUCCUCAUAACAGGCCUUACAGGCUUUAUUGCGACACAUGUGGCACAGGAAUUUCUCCGCCAGGGAUAUAAAGUGCGCGGAACGGUUCGCGAUGUUUCUAAGGCAUCUUGGCUCACAGACGAUUUGUUCUCGGCUGCGUAUGCGGCUGGCAACGUAGAGCUUAUCCAGGUGCCAGACCUUGGAGUUCCUCAUGCUUUUGAUGAUGCCAUUAAAGGGGUUGCAGCUAUCGCUCACGUUGCCACUGUCUCGAACCUUGAUCCGGACCCGAACCAGGUUAUCCCACAGACUGUGUCUGGAAUUGUUUCGCUUUUAAAAGCCGCCGCUGCAGAACCCUCCGUUAAACGCGUAGUUUUCACGUCCUCAGCUGGCUCAGCCAUGAUGCCCCUUCCCGGCGCGUCGGGACAUGUCGGCCGCGAUACCUGGAAUGACACGGCUGUGCAGGCAGCGUGGGCACCACCACCGUACGACGCCUCCCGCGGCAUGAUCACCUACAUGGCGAGUAAGGUGGAGGCUGAGAAGGCUGUUUGGAAGUUCCUUCAAGAUGAGAAGCCCAACUUCGUACUUAAUGUUGUGAGCCCCUUCACCACAUUUGGCGCUAUGCUUCACCCCAGCCAUGCAAGAGGUACAGCUGGUUGGGUUAGCGGGUUGUGGAAGGGCGACACAACCUUUGCUGGGUUGAUGCCUUCUUCCAUCUACGUUAAUGUCAAAGAUGUUGCAGUCCUCCAUGUCGCUGCAGUCCUUGAUAAGGACACUAAAGAGGAACGGAUCCAAGCCUGGGCGACUCCUUUCAACUGGAAUAAUGUCUUGGCUAUCAUGCGCCGUAUUGAUCCAACCCAUCAAGUUGUUGAUGAUUUUCCGGUGCCACCAGCAAUUUCUACAACAGCCGAUGACACUGUUCCACUAAAGCUGUUGAAAAAAUGGGCUAAGCAAGAUGGUUGGAAGAGUUUGGAAGACUCCGUUCGGGAGGCUUUGAGCAGUUCUUCAUAG